GCCGGAAGCGGAGGCCGAGGCGGCGGUGGCGGUGGCGGUGGCGGUGAGAUGCCCGUGACCGUGGGCCCGUACGGGCAGUCGCAGCCCAGCUGCUUCGACAGAGUGAAGAUGGGCUUCGUGAUGGGCUUCGCCGUGGGCAUGGCGGCGGGAGCGCUGUUCGGCACCUUCUCGUGCCUCAGGAUCGGCAUGAGAGGACGAGAGCUGAUGGGCGGAGUUGGCAAAACGAUGAUGCAGAGCGGUGGGACGUUCGGGACGUUCAUGGCUAUAGGCAUGGGAAUCCGCUGCUGAUCUGCAGCUUGGGCUUCUAAUCCAAAGCGUCCCUGCCCAGCCACCCCUGUACCAUAAUAAAGUCUUUAGAUACUGGAAUGGAGUGGUUUUUGUGACGUUGUGCCACACCACCGUCUUUGCUGUAGCAUCUUCAUGUAGAUGUCAUCUUUAUGAGAUUUCUGCUUUCUUCACCUCUUACGCUCUGUGACAGUGAGCAUUCAUACCCCUCUGCGCUUCAUUAAAGUUUCUUGAGCAGUGAACACUUUUCUGUCUGCUGCUCGGGCAGCUCACAUUUCCGAUGCAGAGCCAUUCCACUUCUAGAAUCACAGAACGGCCCGGGUGUUGUAGUAGACGUGUGUGGGGCCUCGGGGUGUGACGUGUCAGGCUCCUCCCCAUGCGCUACGGAUGUGCCACGGGUACCAUCCAGUGGGCGUACACGAAAGGCAAAGGAUAUUUAAACGCUUGUCGGAAUUUAAUAAACGCCAUUUGCCGAUCAUCAUA